AUGAGGAUCAAUGGAGAAGCACUAGAUGAAGUUAAAGUGGUUGAAAAAAUAUUGCGGUCCCUGAGUAUAAAAUUUCACACGAAGAAGCUGCUUCUUGAGGCUACCAAAGAUCUUAACACUUUUACACUUGAUGAUUUAGAAGGUUGCAGCGAUCAUAUAAGUGGAAAUAAGAAAUUAUUCAUUGGUCUGGAUGAAAUAUUUAGAGGUACAGUGAGACUUGAAAAUAACGCAAAGGUGCCUGCUGUUGGAAAGGGAAAAAUUCGCAUUACUGUGAAAGAUGGUUCUUCUAAUUUUAUAUCAGAUGUGUUUUAUGUGCAGAGUCUUCAUCAUAAUUUAUUGAGCUUGGGGCAACUAUCAAAAAAAGGAGUAUGA